CUGAUCCUAUUAAAAUGACAAAACUGUGAAAAAGAAUCCACGGCUCUUCAUUCUGAACAGUUUAAUAUAUCACGAUCGCCACGUUACCAUGGUAACGGUAAACUUGGCUGUUGUGCAGUCUGCUCAGUCGACAUAACAUCACUGGUUUGUUGUUGGUUGUUUGUUUUGAGAAGAAACGCCUUCAUCAAGUCUGUGUAAUAAUGGAGCUCAUCGGAAGCAGUUACAAAGGAGAUACGAGAAAUGGCAGGAUGGAUGGAAAAGGGGAAUACACCUUUCCCACAGAGACCAAGUAUGUGGGAGAGAUGAAAGAUGGGAUGUUUCAUGGCAAAGGAGUCCUACACUUUCCAAAUGGGAGUAAAUAUGAGACCAUCUGGGAAAACGGCAAAGCUAAACAGGGAUCAUUUACUUUCGCUGAUGGUCUGCAGUACCAAGAGACAGGCUGGGACUACUGCGAUGGUUACGACAGACGCUUCUACAGUGAAAGAUGCAAUGGGCUCAGACCUGCAGGAGAAUCUCAGCUAACUGAUCUGCAUCCGCCACGCAUCGUUCCUGAUGGAUGUUACGAUUGUGGAGAUGGUUUUUAUGACCCAAAUACCAGAGUCAUCACUUCCUACAGUGGCAGAUUCCUCAGGAAUGCAGAUGAAUCCGAACAUGAGUGGAUUGUGCGGACUUGUCGAAGAGCUUGGGAUGAGGUUGGUGGCCUUGAUCCUGAAAAGUCAGUUACAGCCACACCUGAAGAGAUCGCCAAUAACAACUGAGAAACUCCUGUUUAAACUCCUGUUUUUAGCAUUUUAUUUGCAAGUCUAAAUUAUUUUUUAGAAAGUAUGGUAAAUGUUCUAUUUGUUGUGCUCUCUUUUUAAAUCAUUUUAUGUCACAGUUCAUUUCCUUAAAAAAACUCCUCAUACAUAUUGUAGUAGGUGGAACGACUGUUUUUCAGUGCAUUCGUCAUCAUUUCCAUAUUGUCUCUGUGUGUGUGUGUUUUACAGAGGUUUUAAAAGAGAAAAAGAGAGAAAAUUCACAAGCAGUCAAAUGUGUGUCCAGUCUUUCAUUCAGAUAGAUUGAUUAAAUAAACAGUGAUAAUGUGUUGUUACACUCAGCUAUUUGAAGUCCAUCUGAUGUCACUGGCAUGUCUACCAAUCAGAAGUAUUUGAUCUACCACUGAAUAUCAUUUUCCAUAUGGGUGAAAACUCUAAUACAGAUUGUCCAUUUAAAAAAAGACUUGUGGCUUUUGUCUUAACUUCAUUAAAUAAAACAGAAUUUACCUGAAACAAAAAA